CAGCCUUUCAGUGCGUGAGUGGCGGUGAGACGGGAAGGGUGUUGCUCUAGUCACCUCCGCCCCGUGCUGAGUGAGGCUGUCUGCUGGCACGGAUAAACCACACUACCAAAUAUCUUUUACCAAGCCACAGCCACGCUCCGCUAAUGAACCAAGCACCAAAGCACGUGUAAACCUACUCCUCUACCACACCGCCUAGAAAAUAUACACUCAGUAAGGUGUAUCAGAGUGUACACGUGUAAUUAUACCCACACCAAGAAGUGGAAGUAGUACACCUCCACUUUGCAUUAGUUAGUGGUGGAAAUAGCAGUGGUGGAGGUGGUGGAGGCGUGACAGGUGGAAGGAAAGUGGUGGAGGAUACCUGGAUAAUGUGGUUCAGGUGUGUGGCUGUGGUGGUGGUGGCGGCGGUGUGGUGUAGAGGAGUGGUGGGUGCGGAGGAGGGAGUGGUGGAAGAUGACCCAAUAGGCUGUGGCCCUGCGGUGGCGUUACUGAUGGAGAAGAGAGUGGUUGGGGAGAGUCACCUGUCAAGACUACCCGGUGGAGAUGGCGGCAAUAGCACAGGGUCUGAGGUGUGUGGGGGCGGCGCCUGCUGCGUGCCUGAGGUGACGAAUGCCCUGCUGGCGGCGGGCAAGCGCUCCCUAAGAAAGGUGGUGAGCUCCACGGCCGACAAACUGCUGAAGGAACUCACGACACAGCGGCACCGUUUCAGCAGCGCGGUAGAGGAAGCCCUUACCGGCAGUGAGAAUCGCACCGAGAAGGUGCUGAAGACUAGAUAUCCAAGGGUGGCGGAGGAGGCGCGGCCUCUGCUGCAGCAGCUGUACGCGGGCCUGAGGGCGGGGCUGACGGAGGCGGAUGAACGAGUAGUGAAGCAGAGCCUCGCGACUUUCUGGGAUGACCUGUUCCCCCCCGUGUACCACAGCGUGCUGCACUCCCUGCCGCUGCCUUUCACCGAGCGGUACAGCCAGUGCCUGAAGGAAGCGCGGCGCGUGGUGCGGCCCUGGGGCCCCAUCCCCACCCUAGUGGGCGAGCCGCUGCUGCGUGGCAUAAACUCAGCCAGGCUGCUGCUGCACGCCCUGGACACUGGCUCCCAUGUGCUGCUGUCAGCCCGCAACCUGUCCGUGAGCCCCGAGUGCAGCGAGGCGGUGGCACGCAUGGAGCUGUGCGGCGCGUGUCACGGGGCAGUGGUGCCUCCUUGCUCUGGCAUGUGCCUCAACGUGGCGCGCGGCUGCCUCGCGGCGCUGGCUGAGGUGCAGGACGGGUGGCAUGACCUGAGCGGCAGCGUGAUGCGCGUGAAGGAGUCCCUGCACGUGGUGCGGAUCGCCCACCUGCUGCACCAGCUGCCGGACAAGGUGUCGGAGGCCAUCAUGCUGGCCAUGGAGCACGGGCCGCGCCUGCUGAAGAAGGUGCGAAAGAACUGCAGCAGCCCAAUGUACGUGGAACAAGAAGAAGGAGAGGGACAACCCCAACACGCAGCUCUUCCUGCAGAGGAGGACGCGGAGAGACAGGAGCAGGACGAAAACUUGAAGGAGGAGCUGGAGCGGGAGGAGCGUGCCAGCAGGCGUAUACUGGAGAGCGUGGCGGGGGCUGCGGGCGCGGUGGAUGCAGCACGGUUCUGGUGGACGACAUUGCCAGAGACCCACUGUAGGAAUUUACACGCCCACGACAAGAAUUGCUGGAAUGGCGUUCGCGUGGCUCCGUACACUAAGACCGCUGCAGGUGUUGGAAUCCACGCCCAGAAGUACAAUCCUGAGGUCCGGCUUGAAGGACCCGACACCUCUGUUUACUCACUCAUCGAGAAGCUAAGAGCCGUCCGCAGGCUGGUGGUGACAUCACUCACGUGGCUGCUCAAGUCAGACCUCCCCGCCCGCACCCACCAUGGACAGAUGGAUGGCUCAGGGUCAGGCGUGGACGUGCCUGGGAUGGAGAUGUCAGCUGAAUCCCACAACAGAGGCGGCAGUCCCAGUGACGAUGAUGAGUAUGAAUAUUAUCACAAUUACUAUGAUGACUCUUCUUCUCGGGCUACGGGUCUGGAGACCAGCUCCCCAAUGAGCCAUCUGUGCCAAAAGGAGUUCCUGUCCCAGCCCAUGAGACAACCGCCUCCUCAGGACAGCUAAGAGCCAGCUUACUGAUGGUUAUGCUGAUGGCUGUGGCCGGCGCCGCUCUCCAACGCUAGGACUGACACAACCAUCCCCCACCACCUACAUCUCCCUACCUAGCAGAGGCAGCAUGCAUCCUUCUCUCUCUCUCUCUCUCUCUCUCUCUCUCUCUCUCUCUCUCUCUCUCUCUCUCUCUCUCUCUCUCUCUCUCUCUCUCUCUCUCUCUCUCUCUCUCUCUCUCUCUCUCUCUCUCUCUCUCUCUCUCUCUCUCUCUCUCUCUCUCUCUCUCUCUCUCUCUCUCUCUCUCUCUCUCUCACACACACACACACACACACACACACACACACACACACACACACACACACACACACACACACACACACACUAACAAGUCCUUGCUAUUUAAUGUUAUCCCCUUUUUAUACAGUUUACAUGAGUUUCCCCAUAGUUUAUGACCAAGGAACACCCCCUCCUGGAACAUUCCAGUUCUUAUCACCACAGAAAAUACGUUCCCGGUGGACGUCUCUCUUUGGUCACAGUUUAAGAAAGUAUAACCAUAAAAUAAAAAAAAAAAAUAUAUGUAUAUAAAUAUAGACCCUAGAUGAAUAGUACUAAGUGACAGCACACACAGUCAUUUAUGGUGCACACAGACUCUCACACACACACACACACACACACACACACACACACACACACACACACACACACACACACACACACACACACACACAUAACACACGUAACACACUUCACAGCUUGCCACACCCACCCAGCAUCAACAUUAGCCACUCAACACACAAAUUAGCACUAUACCACCCCUGAGGACCCACCAAGCCCACCACCACAGGAAGUGUGUGUGUAGCAGUCACCUCCAUCACUCUCUUCACUGCAGUAUGUUGCCAUCACACACCCAGCAUCUACAUAGUCCCCAAGAUGACCCAGGGGUUGUGGGAUGGGAUGAUCACCCACCACUCCUUGAUGCUGAUGUAUCAAAGAAAUAUCAAGGUUCAGGGGACUCAUUAAGGCUGCCUUUCAGAGUGGUAUUUGUUCUUUGUCUGGUUUUGAUACUGAAAGAGUUAUGUACAAAUUUCAUUAUGUACUCUACUGAAUAUCUGACCUGUGAAAGUUGUUGUGGCUGCAGUAGUAUUUUACCAUUGUUUGCCAGGUAAAUGGUUUGGUUAUGCAAACUGGUUGUGCAAAGGCCUGGAGUAGAUAUGUUAUGACAUCAUGGCCUUCUAUAGUCAAAUGAAUGAAUGUAACCAAGAAACCAUUCUGCUGUUGUAUAAUUAUAUAUUUUGUUAAUUUAAAUUGAUGCAUAAGAUAAAAAGUGUAAUUUUCAUAGUGUAAUGACCUAUAUGCUUCUGAAAAAAGUUGGUCUACAGUAUUUCUCUAAUCAUCACUAUAUGUAUCUACAUAACACUUGCAAACAUAAGUAUUUUCAAUGGAAGCUUGAUUAAGACUUACAUCUCUCCCAGAAACGUUGAUCUGUAGGGUACUUUGGUUUCACUUUUUAUCUUGAGAGCAUUCUGCAUCUCACAUAGGUAUAUUAGGGCUCCUAUGAUCACCUUGUAAAUAAAUUGAUAUGUUACAUAUAUAAAUGGUGCCAUGAUUUUUUUUUUCUUUUAUUUUAUUUUUUUAUUUUUUUAUUUUUUUGAGAAAACAUAGUUGUAAAUUGUACUACAUGCAUUUUUUUUUUCUUUUCUUUUUUAUAACACUAACCAGUAUGUACAGUACAUGUAUACAGUAAGAAUACAGGGGAAUGUUUGAAGAUACUAGGCAUGUUAAGAAUGUACAUUAUUUGCAUUAGAUCUGUUCAUCUUGUGGUAAUGACCAUGAUCUGUCUUAUAUUCCUUGAUCUUUGGGAUUUUUCAAAGUUAAAGAAUGAUUCUGGAUGUGAGGCCAGUGAAUAAUAUACAGCUCUGGUAUUUGCAGUCUGAUGAUAUGAGUAAAUCAAAUUAAUUUGUUUUAAAUGUAAUUAUGAUGAUGGUCUGUAGCAUUUUUGUCAUGACAAGUGCUGUGGCUGUUGUUGAGGUGUUUAAAUUUCUCUUUUAAUGUAUAUAUAAUGAAAGGGGCAUUUUAUUAUCUGAAAUAUUUACUUUCAUAUGAAAUUAUGUAUGUAUUUUUUUAAUUAGAUAUUUCAUUCUGAGCGAAUUGAAAGAUUUAUGAACUCUUCAAAGAGAUUAUAUGACUAAUAUACAAUUAUUAAGAUGUAAAAUGUCAUAUAAUCAAGUCAGAAAGCAUUACAACUAAGAUGUGAUAGACUUGGUGGGCUUCAGUCUAGUUCAUAUAGGAAACUCCAUAGAAGAAGAGGCAGGGGGUGUGGCUGUCCUCUAUUUAACAACAAAAUGAUGGAGAAUGGAUGGAGUCUGUAUUCAUUACAUAUGUAUAUAAACAAUAGACCUGAGCAGCCACCCCCCACACAUCUACAGAAUGUGCGUGUAUGUGUGUGUGUGUGGGGGUGUCCGCUGCCCUUCAGGAGCAAUGUCACUAUCUCCCAGCAAUAUAUUAAGUGCAUAAGGUUCACCUCAUCUCUUGAAAUGCCUCUGUGUUGGUCCAUUGAGCUACACCACCUGUAGCUGCUGCCCAGUCAGCACCCAUGUUGACACUACCCAGCUAGUCUGUGUUCAUUGGCUAAUUUAGCCACUAUAGGAGAGUCCUGGACCAAGAGGACAGCAGUUGCCCAGGGCUGUAUAAAUGCCAGUCUUGUGUGCAGCAGCUUGCUGAGGGCAAGUGGGCAUGCACUGACUUGUCAGUUUCUAAGGAGGUGUGCUCUGUUUGAGAGAAUUGUACAUAAGAUUUAUUUUUUAGUCCCCUCAUGUUGAUAGUUGAAGCUAGCGUUCAUUCAUUGUCUGGGGUGUCUGCAGCAGCAGUGGCAGAGCUUUGCACCUGAAAACAUUGUUUUAUUUUUUUUUUUUUUUGUUUUAUGAUUAUUAUUGUUGUUGUUAUUAUUAUUAUUAUUAUUAUUAUUAUUAUUAUUAUUAUUAUUAUUAUUAUUAUUAUUAUUGUACUUUUUUUUUUUCAUACUUUUGCAUUUGUCAGACAGCCAUUCUUCAGUACAGGUCAUAGUGAAAGAGUGAAAAGUCCUGUACACUUUAAGCUGUGAAGUUAGUUUUCUUUUAACCUGUCACUGGCUCUGUGUAGCUUACUGCCUGCUGUAAUGUAUUUUUUCGGUAUAGGGAUUCUGCAACUUGACUGCUAUUUUUCAGAUUAUGAAAAAUUCAUACAUAGAUAAAAGAAGAGUGUUACUUGCUCACAUUAUAUUUUC